GGGAGAAGACUGGUGGAGUGGAGGGCAGGAAGGAGCAGAGGAAGGAAGCAUUGUGUGCGGGGACUCAACAUGAGAUUAUUCAGCCUGGACUGCGACUGGACAUUCACACUUGUCACAGUGGGUCCAGGGAUCACAAUGUCCGUCUGGUGGACCCUCAUCUUCCUGGUGGGGGUGUCAAUGCAGACACAGGGGUCCAGCUCUUUUACAGGAGUCUGUUCGAGACACGUGGAGAAAAUUCCAGUGAUUCACAAUGAGACGUUCAUCCAACCGGUAUAUCAGCCGUAUCUGACAAUAUGCCGGGGUCAGCGCACCUGCAGCACCUACCGGACGGUGUACACUGUGGCGGUCCGGCAGGUGAAAAGGGAAAUCUUAAAAGCAAAUUCCAUUUGUUGCGCGGGAUGGAAGAAAAAGGAUCCGAAUUCUGAAGCCUGUGAAGAAGCUAUUUGCCGUAAACCCUGUCAGAAUGGCGGAACAUGCGUCAAACCCAACAUGUGUCGCUGCCCUGCGGGGUGGGGAGGAAGACACUGCCAUGUGGAUAUAGACGAGUGUCGGCGCCCGUCUCGGUACUGCCCCCAAGUUUGCAUCAAUACCAGGGGCAGCUUCCACUGCGAAUGCAACGCAGGAUAUACUCUGGGAGAAGAUGGAAAAUCCUGUAUAAAAAAUAAGGAACACAAGCCCCAAGUGUCUGUACUGGCCCAACAACCUGAAGAUCAUUCUAAUAAACUCUCCAAUGAGGUGCAGGAUCUCCGAGGCCUUGUCUCAUCCCUGGAGCAGAAACUGGACAACGCACUCUCCGCCCUGCAGAGACUCUUCCCCAUUAAACUGUCAGAGAUCCAAUCGGAGCAGGUGCAGGAAUUCUGGGAGAGGAUUCGUAGUUUGGAUCGGGUGGAUUUCAUGAGUGAUCAGCUGAUGUUCAUGGAGGAGAAGAUGGGAGAAUGUUCCUGCCGCAGCAAUGACAUUGAGAUGCCUGUAGAUCUGAAGCGCUGACCCAUUACAGAAGUCCCCCCCCCCACGAAUUAUUUAUAUACCCCUCCCCCCACAAUGGAAAACACUUAUUUAUGACCCCCUUUUCCUAUUUAUAACCCUCAUUCCUUGACGUCACGAUAAUCAAUAAAUACUAUUUGUAUAGAAUGUGGAUUUCUUGCAGCUCUUAGAACAGAGCGUAAGGGGGACAAACGUGCGCCAUACACAUUAGAUCAGUGUUUCCCAACCAGUGUGCCUCCAGCUGUUGCAAAACUACAUCUCCCAGCAUUCCCAGACAGCUGAAGGCUCAUAUACUUAAUAAGAAAAUAAAAAAAUGUAUAUAAAUUAUGGCUUAUUAAAAAAAACAUAAUUCUGUCUGGAUGUAGCA